AGGGCGCCAUAGAGCUCUUUGUCCACAUACUGAGACAGACAAGACAACAUACGCAAGUUGGGCUAAUCAUGUUAUUGUUGUGCCUGGGAAACUUGACGCUUUUGUAGAAGUUAUAUUGACGGCCAAAGCUACUGUUGCUGGACACAGUGGACGCACCGCAUCUUCACUUUCUUUAGGAAAGAAGUUUGCUGUCUUCACCGGUGUUGCCUGCUAGCGUCGAUGUUGGCAGCUAGCCUGUUCGUGUAAAUGCUGUUGCCUAGAAUGGACCUGUUGAACCCUCAGUACCUGGACAAGAUGAACAAUAACAUCGGGAGACUGCACUAUGGAGAUGAGUCCAGGACACCUUCGCUGCCCACUGCUAUUCCAAACGUAAGCGGGCCGCCUCCGCUCUGCCCAAGCAAACGGAAGUAUGGCGAUGAACAAAAGGACCAAAUGAAUUGUGAUGAUGACCACAUGACUAAAAUGAGCAGAUUGUUUGCAACUCACCUGGCUCGUCCCUCUGCUGGAGACAACAGUGGUGAGCACUGGAGCCUGAGCAACAAUCCGGUGGAGCCCAUCAGCUCUUCCUCCAACGGUCUCCAUGGGAACCAUCUCUAUGCUUCCAUUUCUGGGUAUGCUGUGGACCAGCCGCUAGCGCUGACCAAAGGCAGUCUCGACAACACAGUCGGUGGCAGAGAUUGGUCUGUUGUCAGUGCAGCUGUUGAGCGGCAGCAGAAUCGCCCCUCUGUUAUUACCUGUGCUCCUGCAAGCAACCGCAAUUGUAAACUCUCUCACUGCCAUAUGAAUGGCUGCUCUCUGAGCCCAACCUCUGAUGAGAAGAAGAGCAAUGCUAACACAGUUUGCGAUCCUGUGAUUGAGGAACACUUCCGGCGUAGCCUGGGAAAAAACUACAAAGAAGCAGACCCUGUGACCAACCCGGCGUCCAACUCUGUCUCCAUCACAGGGUCAGUGGAUGACCACUUUGCCAAGGCACUGGGAGACGCCUGGAUCCAGAUCAAGGCCAAAGGUGGGGGUCAUCAGGUCCCAGAAGCCGAUCCAUGAAGAGGUGAAAAAAGGUUCCAAUCACUUGUGGAGGUCAUAUUCACGUCAUCAUUUCAGUAUCAAAUAUCUGCAAUGUAAGACUUGGCUUUCGUCUUAUUGAGUGUAAGGUCUACUUUUUAUCUGAACUCUUGCCUUACAACAGAACUCUAACCAGAAAAAAUAAUGAUGCCUACAUUGGGUCGUGUUAGCUGUUAAAUUAUAAAUGGAUAGAUUUUUCCAUCAAUAAUGAGAAAAGCAGAACUAACAAGAAAAAAUGGUCACCUUUUUAUAGGUAAUGUUCUGUUUGUUUACCUGCCUUUGCAGCCAAAUAAACGUCUCCCUGCCUUUCAGCAUGUAAGCCAUACAUGUUUUAUGGCUAGAUACUUUCAUCUACAGUGGGUACGGAAAGUAUUCAGACCCCCUUAAAUUUGUCACUCUUUGUUAUAUUGCAGCCAUUAGCUAAAAUAAUUUAAGUUCAUUUUUUUCCUCAUUGAUGUAGACACAGCACGCCAUAUUGACAGAAAAAAAACGGAAUUGUUGACAUUUUUGCUGUGACACUCAUAUAUUUAACUUGGGUGCUGUCCAUUUCUUCUGAUCAUCCUUGAGAUGGUUCUACACCUUCAUUGGAUUCCAGCUGUGUUUGAUUAUACUGAUUGGACUUGAUUAGGAAAGCCACACAUCUGUCUAUAUAAAACCUUGCAGCUCACAGUCCAUGUCAGAGCAAAUGAGAAUCAUGAGGUCAAAGGAACUGCCUGAAGAGCUCAGAGACAAUUGUGGCAAGGCACAGAUCUGGCCAAGGUUACAAAAAAAAAUUCUGCUGCACUUAAGGUUCCUAAGAGCACAGUGGCCUCCAUAAUCCUUAAAUGGAUGACGUUUGUGAUGACCAGAACCCUUCCUAGAGCUGGCCGUUCAGCCAAACAGCAAUUGGGGGAGAAGAGCCUUUGUGAGAGAGGUGAAGAAGAACCCAAAGAUCACUGUGGCUGAGCUCCAGAGAUGUAAUCGGGAGAUGGGAGAAAGUUCUAGAAUGUCAGCCAUCCACCAGUCGGGGCUUUAUGGCAGAGUGGCCUGACGGAAGCCUCUCCUCAGUGCAAUACACAUGAAAGCCUGCUAAAAAACACCUGAAGGACUCCAAGAUGGUGAGAAAUAAGAUUCUCUGCUCUGAUGAGACAAAGAUAGAACUUUUUGGCAUUAAUUCUAAGCGGUAUGUGUGGAGAAAACCAGGCACUGCUCAUCACCUGUCCAAUACAGUCCCAACAGUGAAGCAUGGUGGUGGCAGCAUCAUGCUGUGGGGGUGUUUUUCAGCUGCAGGGACAGGACGACUGGUUGCAAUCGAAGGAAAGAUUAAUGCGGCCAAGUACAGGGAUAUCCUGGAUGAAAACCUUCUCCAGAGUGCUCAGGACCUCAGACUGGGCCAAUGGUUCACCUUCCAACAAGACAAUGACCCUAAGCACCCAAAGCACCCUAAGCACCUAAAAUAACACGGGAGUGGCUUCAGAACAACGACGUGACUGUUCUUGAAUGGUGCAGCCAGAGCCCUGACUUAUCCCAUUUGAGCAUCUCUGGAGAGACCUGAAAAUGGCUGCCCACCAACGUUCACCAUCCAACCUGACAGAACUGGAGAGGAUCUGGAGGAAUGGCAGAGGAUCCCCAAAUCCAGGUGUGAAAAACUUGUUGCAUCAUUCCCAAAAAGACUCACGGCUUUAUUAGCUCAAAAGGGUUCUUCUUCUAAAUACUGAGCAAAGCGUUUGAAUACUUAUGGCUGUGUGCUAUUUCAGUUUUUCUUUUUUAAUAAAUCUGCAAAAAUGUCAACAAUUCCGUUUUUUUUCUGUCAAUAUGGGGUGCUGUGUGUACAUUAAUGAGGAAAAAAAUAACUUAAAUGAUUUUAGCAAAUGGCUGCAAUAGAAAAAAGGGUGAAAUAUUAAAGGGGGUCUGAAUACCUUCCAUACCCACUGUACAUUGUUUCAGAUUUAAAUCCAUGCUAAAUUUGCUUCUGUAUUACUUGAAAAUAUGUUUCCCCGUCUCAUUUGCACUAUUACACCUCUAAUAGCUUAUGUAGCAGGUUACCAGUUUUGUGAUUCAGAACCUGUUUUAUUUUAUUUUUUAUUUUUUAAAAUUGUGAUAAUCCAAUUGAGAGUUGUUUACCUGAAUUCAAAUAUCCAUGUUAACAUGGAAGCCUGGCAGUGAAUACACUAGAACAAUCCACUUUCUGCCCCUGAACUGGACUCCAUUUCUCUGUUAAAUAAUUGUAGUUAAUUGCCUAUAUGAGCUCUUUGAUGUAGUAAUCUAAUCCUAAUAGAGGUCUAACUCAAAAGCAUGUUUCAAAUAGCUGGAUUCUAUCACAAACCUUGCUAAAUAUUUACUCAGAAUUUAUUUUUUAUCUAACAUUGUAGAAAAUACUCACUGCUGGUACAGUUGUACUCAAUAUAUUUUUUGUAUCUGUUUCACAUUCUGGCAAGGAGAUGUGUCUCUUGACAUCCUCUUUAAACCACAGCCUCUGGCAAGGUUGUCUGAAUGCGGUUUGCUAGGCAACGUUGCUUCUUUACUCAGCGUAGCUGGAUGCUACAUCUUCGCAUGAGACUGAAAGUGACUAAAUCUGAGCUUCUGUUGGUGUUGACUCUUAUUUAUUCUGGGCAUAGGUGAGACCAAGUCAUUGCUUUGCAAAUCACAAGUCAGUCACAAGUCCCAAGUCAAGUCACAAGUCCUAGACUUUGAGUUUCACUUUGAGUUUGCAACUUGACUUUGAGUUCAAAGUCAAGGAUUUACGACUUGACUCGGGACUUUAGGGCAAAGACUUGAGAUUUGACUUGUAAUUUGCAAAGCAAUGACUUGGUCUCACCUCUGAUUCUGGGCACAUUGGUUUCUUGGAGUUCAGUAAAACCAAAUUCUCAAUUUAUUUCAAAGCCCGUCUCCAUUUUCCCCAAACCGAAUUGCGGCAUUUUCUUUCCAACAGGGGCGUAAAUGCAAAAGUAAUGUUUUUAUUAACUUGCCAUUUGGCAACAGACCUGGCAGAACUGUCACCCCCUACUGACAGUAACAUACUAUUUGUGUUUUUUGAGGGAUUUAACUGACUGAGUCAUUGUGUGACUUAUAGAAAAGGUGCGUUCCACAUAGUUUUUGUUUUGUAGUUUGUUUUUGUAAAUUGUCUUGACAUGAUCACGGUAGAUUAUUGUAUUUGCCAACACUGACAGGGGAUUGUAAAUUCUAUAGUUAAAAAAAUAUACAGUGCCGUGAAAAAGACUAGUUUCUUAAAUUUUUCAUAGUUCCCCCACUUUAAGAUCAUCAAACAAAUGGAAAUAUCAGACAAAUAUAACCCAAAUGAACUCAUAAUUAUGUUUUCAAAUGGUGAUUUCAUUUAUUAAGGAAAAACUAUUCAGUGUUACCCGACCCUAUGUGAAAAAGUAAUGGGCCCCUAAACCUAAUAACUGGUUGGGCCAUCAUCAGCAGCAACAACUGAAAUCAAGUGUUUUCUAUAACUGGCAAUCAGUCUUUCACAUCUCUGUGGAGCUAUUUUGGUCCACUCUUCCUUGCAGAAUUGUUUGAAUUCUGCAAAAAUAGAGGGUUUUUGAGCAUGAACAGCCUUUUUAAGGUCUUGCCACUGCAUUUCAAUCCAAGUCUGGACUUUGACUAGGCCACUCCAAAACCUUAAUUUAGUUUUUAUAAGCCAUUCAGAAGUUAACUUGCUGGAGUGUUUUGGAUCGUUAUUCUGCUGCAGAACCCAAGUGUGCUUCAGCUUGAGGUCACAAACUGGUGGCUGAACAUUCUCCUUCAGGAUUUUCUAUUAAAGAGCAGAAUCAAAGCAGCCCAAGACAUUCGCACUACCACCACCAACACGUUUGACUGUUGGUAUGAUGUUCUUUUUUUGAAACGCUGUGCUACAUUUAUGCCAGACGCACACCUUCCAGAAAGUAAGUAAGUAAAAGUAAGACAAACCUUUAUUUUCUUUUUGGUCAGUAGUGGUUUUUGUCUUGGAACUCUGCCAUGGGUGCCAUUUUUUCCCCCAAUCUCUUCCUUAUUUUUGUGUCAUGAACACUGACCUUAACUGAGGCAAGGGAAGCCUGCAGUUCUUCAGAAGUUGUCCUGAGUUCCAUUGUGGCCGCCUGGAUGAGUCAUUGCUGUUCUCUUGGGGUAAUCUUUGUAGGCCGGCCACUCCUGGGAAGGUUCACCACUGUUUCAUUUUUUCUCCAUGUGAGGAUGAUGGCCCCCAUGAUUCGCUUGGAAUCCUAAAGCUUUAGAAAUGGCUUUUGUAACCCUUUCCAGGCUGAUAGAUGUUAAUUACUUUAAUUGUAGACUGUUCUGGAAUUUCUUUGGAUCAUGUCAUUUUUGUAGCUAUUUUAGAUCUUUUGUCUGACUUGAUUUUGUCGGGACAGAUUCUGUUUAAGUGAUUUCUUGAUUGAACAGGUAUGGAGGGAAUCAGGGUUGGGUGUGAUCACUGAAAAUUAACCAAAAAUUGCGAUUAACCACAAUCAAUUCAAGGGGACAAUUAAUUUUUCCACACAGGGCCAGGUAAUGAAUAUUUUUGUCCUUAAUAAAUGAAAUCAUUUUAAAACAGCAUUUUAAGUUCACUUGGGUUAUAUUUGUCCGGUAUUUACAUUUGUUUGAUGAGCUUAAACAGUAAAGUGGAGAAACUGCAAAAAUAUUUGGCAAUACUUUUUCACAGCACUAAUGUUCAGUGAAUCUCCAUGCAUUUGUAUUAUUCAUUGUUUUUUUGGGGCUGUUACACGCUUUCUUGUCUUCAUAUUUUACCAUACCUUUACGUGACCAUCAUUGCGCGGUGCGGAAUGAUCAUGUGUAUUUUGUUUCUAUUGUGUGAGGCAUAUUCAUGUGUAGCAUGGAAGUGCCCUAUUCUCUUACCAUGCAUUUCAUCUUUUGUAUCACUUAAUUACUUUCCCCAUAGUUAUGAGGUGAUGAACAUGCAGGAACACAUCAGUCUUUUGCGUGAAGAGCUUGGCAAAGUGUCAGAUGUCUGCGAGAACAGUUCAUAGUCUAAGAUUUCUGUGCAUACCACAGUGGGCUGGAGGUUGGGAUCAUCACCGAUUUGACUUGUUUGACACAAGCAGAUGUUUCAGUCAAAUGUUUGGGGUAUUAGCCCAUUAUUAUUAUUAUUUAAUUUCUUUAUUUAGACUGUAUCACAAAGACUUUUUACAAAACGUACUUGUUUCAUGUAUCACCCACACAGAGGAGGGAAAAUGAUGCAUUUUUACACUUUGGUCCAUAUUUCUCUGGAAGAAAAUACCACUGUUUUAUAAUAAAUGUCUUCCAAAUAAACAGAAAAACUUUU